CAAAUAUUCAUCAGAUAGACUAAAUUGUUCGUGAUAAGGCAGAAGGCAGCAGUCGUAGUGACGCGGCCUUUGACGCAACUUGUGCGCUUCCCGCUCUGCACCAAGUUUCCGUGCGGAAAUAAACUUUUGAAAAGAUGGGAAACACCAGUAAAAAGCUGGCAGCGAAAUGUACGUUACUAACGAAGGAAGAACAAAAGUAUGUGGCGGCUACGUUCAGAGCCGCCAGCAAGAACUCGGAGAGGAUCCGUGAGGACGACCUGAUAGUGAGUGGCAAAGUAGAUGCCGUGUUGCUAGAAAAAUUCUGGGGCCCCCAAAUAGACCCUCGACUAGCGCAGUACCUAUCGAACUUCCUCUUCGGGUCAGGCCAGCAGAAGUCGCCGUCGGUCGACUUCAAUAGGUUUGCGGAGCUGUACGUGUAUAAUGUAAGAGGAACAGUGGACGAACGAAUGAUGGUCACAUACAACAGUUUAGGGAAGGAUUAUAACGAAACCGUCGAGUUGCCUUAUCAAUUAUUAAGAGAGUACUGUGAGAGCAUAGCAUCAACGUACAUAAAGAUACUAAAGUCGUCGACUUCGCGUCGCGCGCGCACGUGGAUAGAGAAAGGCUUCCGCGGCAAGGCGUCGCACGUGCAGGCUUUGGGGGAGGCGGUCGCUGCCACGGUAGGGGGGGAUUUGGACUCCCCCCACCAUCACUGUACAGCUGACCAGCUGUCGAAAUGGGGACUGGGGGGAGUUUAUUGUCAAGACGUGCAAGCUUUGGGGGAGGCGGUCGCUGCCACGGUAGGGGGGGAUUUGGACUCCCCCCACCAUCACUGUACAGCUGACCAGCUGUCAAAAUGGCUCCAAACCAACAUACUUCUGAAGCAACUGGCAGAGCUGGUGUUUGUGAAUCUCUACGGCAUCAACAAGAAGGCUGGUGAUGAGAGUCCCACGCCUCUACCGCCUUCCAUGCCUUCCCUGCUACCAAUUCCUGAGGGUCUAGACGCCAUGCCGGACUACCCAGCGUUCAUCGACCUGUCCCACAUCGUGUGGCUGAACAGCCAUCUGCCGCAGAAGCACCAGCACAAGUGGCGGUUUCUGUUCUCUUCUCACAUACACGGGGAAUCUUUUUCGACUAUGGCCGGUCGCAUCCAGGACCAGGGCGCAUCAGUACUGAUCUUGGAAGACAACAGCGGGCACAUAUUUGGCGGCUACGCCCCGGUCUCCUGGUCUAUAGGACCCAACUUCACAGGCGACGAAGACUCGUUCCUAUUCGCGCUCGCGCCCAAAAUGCGGGCUUAUCCCUCCACCGGCUACAACGAUCACUACCAGUACCUCAACCAUCACACGAAGACGCUGCCCAACGGUUUGAUAAUGGGCGGGCAGUUCGAAUUCGGCGGCAUUUGGAUCGAUGCGGAUCCGUUCGGCGCAGGCGCCUCCGCUGAGUCUUGCAGCACCUACCGCGGCUACAAGCGACUUAGCAAGGAACCCACCUUUCGUAUUAGGAGUUUGGAAGUGUGGGGGGUCGGAGACAAGCCCGUGGUUAAUAAGGACGAGCAUACGGCAUCUGAGUCUUGCAGCACCUACCGCGGCUACAAGCGUCUUAGCAAGGAACCCACCUUCCGCAUCAGGAGUUUGGAAGUGUGGGGGGUCGGAGACAAGCCCGUGGUUAAUAAGGACGAGGACGAGCGAGAUAUAAGCGUGCUGGAUACGAAUCCAGAAGCGAAGGCGAUAUUGGACAUGGCGGGCCGCACGCGCCAUAGUGAAGGAAUUCGCGAGCCGCCGCCGUUAUAAUGCGGCGUAGCGACACCGCGUAAGUCAAUAUUCAUGAUUUUUGAGAGCGACGAAACUGGAUAAGUUUUUGAUCUGUAUAGUCUGGUCUGUGAGCACGUAGAAUUUUGUCCAAUGACCUCAAGCUACCCAUCCUUAUCGCUCGCGCGUAAUUAUGUAGCUGUCGCGCUCGCACACUCACUGCGGGCGCCCGUCGCACAGUCGCGACAGCAAUAUAAUUACGCGCGAGCGAUAAGGAUGGGUAGCUAGGGGUCAUUGGACAAAAUUCUACGUGCCCACGGACCGGGCUUUAGUAAUGAAUUGUAGUUGGUUAAGACCAAAAAUCUGUAUAAAAGAACUCCGGAUUACGAAUCUAACACCCGUAUUUCCCGUAUUCACAAACGAUGCUUGCUUAAGUGACGCAGCAAAUGGAACGCACAGCGUUGAAUAGAGCUCUGUGGUCGGUUCUUGUGACCCUGUGCGUCCACGCGCACUGUGAGACCUCAUAGUAAUGUUUGUGAAUACGGGCGUAAGCUCCUGAUUCCAAUUCAAGCAUAAAUUGAAGGUUUUAUUGGUUGAAAUAUUUUUAGACCAAUCGUAAAACAGAAUCUAUACUUGAGUUAGUAUUUUGAUAUUUUACUUUUAGGAUGCAUAUUAAUUAUUUGAAACGACAAAUCAAACUAAUCGUAAAAAAUAUCAAAUCUCUCAAAAAAAAAUUACUUACGUAAUGUUAGACGAAAUGGUCACUGUUGACAUAUACAUUGUUUCUAUACAAAAAGAAUCACAGUUCGUAAUAUUAAAAUAAAUAAGGUCUUUGAAAAAUAUACUUUAAUACAAUAUGACAGAACUUUUACCAAAAACUAAAUUACAUAUAAACUUGAAAGAGAACUAAACCUCUGUUUAAAAACGUGUAUACGUCAAUUUUGUCCGAAAAAGCCUUAGUUCUCCAAAUAGAACGCGUUUCUGGAACUCCCUUCGAACUAGAAACGCAUUCCAUUUGGCUGAAAUGUUAUAGUCAAUAUACGCUUUUGUUUCAUAUUUUGUAGUAUAAAUAAAUCGUUCGUCUGUCAGUUAUUUGUAAUCUUAUCGAUGCAGAAAUAAAGUAAAAUCUUCAUCCUUUCUGUUAUAAGUCUCGCUUACCUAAGUCAGUUCCUGAGGUAUGAGAGCGACACGCGAGUGUUUUUGUAACGUCAAACGUCAGCGAGACAUCAGCCCCCCUAGACAAAACGCACUUUUUGAUCGAAUCGAAAAUCGAAUCCGUCAAAACUCCAUACAAAAAAGGGGCUUUUCGACCACUUUUCGACUGGUUUGCGAUUAUAAUUUGCACUUUGUCUAGACCCACAGAUUUGCUUCAGAUUUGUAUGCUCUGUUACGUCAUAAUAUGUCAAUGUCACCCCUCCCGUGCCGCUCCCAUACCUCAGGCACUGACUGAGUUAACUUAAAGCCCGGUCUGCGAGCACGUAGAAUUUUGUCCAAUGACCCCAAGCUACCCAUCCUUAUCGCUCGCGCGUAAUUAUGUUGCUGUCGCGCUCGCACACUCACUGCGGGCGCGCGUCGCACAGUCGCGACAGCAAUAUAAUUGAGAAUGUUACUAGGUAUGCAAAAUCACUUGAAACCUAUGUUACAGUUAAGCUUUUACAUUUACAAAUACAUUAGUUUUUAUUUCAUUCAAAAAUACCCAGUAGUUAUGAUUUUAUAGGCAUUCAAAGUUCGCUUAAAUAUUGAGUCCCGCCGACGGUCACGUGACCCCGUGUGACGUACAUUCACAGCGUCCGCUCACUAGAAAACGGAUAUAAACAUACUUAAAUAUAUUUUUUUUGUAAAUACAAACUUAUUAUACAUAUUAACACCCAGACCCAUUACAGAAAUUAAAAUUGAACCAAACCCAAACUUGAUGCGAUUGUGUCGUUUUAUUGCGAAUUACCUUCCAGCUCCAUCAUUAGACCCCGAUUACUAUAUAGAAUUAAAAUACUCAUCAAUACAAAACGAACGAGCCCAAACUCGAUGCAUUUAAGUCGUUUUAUUAUAGAGUUCCUAUGGCCACCUUCCAGCUCCAUCAUCAGAUCAGCUCCAUGUCAUCAUAAUAUUGCAUGGUCAUCCAAAUCACAUGUGUUUGCGAAAUUUCAGCUUAAUCGGUUGCCUGGAAGUGGGUCUUAAUUCAGUUUGCAAGAUUCCACCCAUACAAAUAUGAGCCAGUCGUUGUAAUAUGACGUCACGCGCAUAAAAUGGCGGGCCGGCCGCCGCCCGCACUUUUAAAAUUCAAUAUCUUGGAAACUAAUUAACGUAUCGAAAUAAUUCUUUCACGUGUAUUUUUUAUUUUUAACAGAGAAUACAGAAAGCUAAAAAACAAAAUUAGUGAACAUUCUUCAUUACGCGCGAGCGAUAAGGAUGGGUAGCUUAGGGUCAUAGGACAAAAUUCUACGUGCUCGCAGACCAGACUAUAACAGUAUGUACGUUUCAAAAUGCUGACAGAUGAAUUUUACGUGAAAUUAUGUAUAGAAGUAAUUGUGUGCGACAAGCUUAUGAAAUAUGCUAUAAAUAUUUAUUUUAUUUAUAUUUAUGUAUUUAUCUCAGUAUUCUGAUCAUCAUACAUUCUGUCACUGUGAAUUUUAGUUGUAACUACUUUAUAAAUCUUGACUGUUAUGUUGUGAAUCAAUUUAGAACUUUAAACUUAAGAUUUUUGUUCAAAACUCAUUCGGGAGUUUGUCAUCAUUAGAUCAGUUUACCAUAAAACUACAAAUAUUUUUAAUUGGUUUUGAACCGUAUGUAUAAGGCCCAAAACACACGGUGAAACGCAAUUGCAACGAAACUGCAACUUCUAGUUACUUUUGAGUUGCAUCUAAGUUUCUGCCAUAGAUUCCGUUGAGAGACCACACAUGACGCGACCAUUUCAAACUGGUCUCUCUCUCUCAAAAGUAACCAGAAGUUGCAGUUUCGUUGCAAUUGCGUUUCACCGUGUGUUCUGGGCCUCAGUCAUGAAGUUGAAAAUUGAUUGAGAUUCUUUUUUUUUUUUAUUCAUAACUACUAGUGAGAUAUAGGUAACAACAGAUAUUUAUUUUUGUUUUUAUAUUAUUUACUAUAAUAUUAUUACAUUCGCAAUCUUGAACUAGUCAUCGCUGUGAAUAGUAAAGAUUAAGUAGUUUAAAUACAGGGUGAGUCGAUUGUCACCUCUAGUUCGCGUACAAAGAGAAGAUGCGUCCUUUAUCAGCAUAACUUGUUUUCCUUCUGUCAUAGGAAAUAAGAAUCAAUUUGACAGUGAUAAUUAUAAACUUCUACCGAUUGUACAAAAGCAGAAAAAUCUGUAGUCUAGAAAAAUAUCUAAUAACUAGGGUCCGCCCACGCUACGUCUUUCGGCCCGUGGCCGCCACUCGAGAACUUCUGCCCCAGCGGCCAUCAGCUCUGCGAGCUAUGUGCCCCGCCCACUGCCACUUGAUUUUAGCAAUUUUGCGGGCUAUCAGUCACUUUAGUUCUCCUGCGGAUCUCCUCAUUCGAUCACGCAGGGAAACUCCGAGCAUAGCACGCUCCAUCGCCAUUUGGGUGACCAAAUGCAUCUAACUUAAUUAUAAAAAAAAAGCAUACAUACAUACAGCCGAACAUAUAACCUCCUCCUUUUUUGAAGUCGGUUAAUUAGUCAUCAAUCAAUAUAUAUUUGAAAAUAACUAUGUAUUGACUCACCCUGUAUACCAAUGAGUGCCAAUAAAUAAAUUAUAGAAAAAAUCUAUUUUCUGAAAUAAGUUAAAUAGACUAAUAAGCGAACAUUCUGGGCGUAUAUUAUUUACUGUGAAUCUCUUUAAAGGUAUAUUCAUAUUGCUACAUGCGUGUGCGUAACGUGUGUUGUUUGUAUGGAAUAUAAUCAUUGGAUACAGCGCCAUCUAGUUUCAAACUAAGCAAAGCUUGUAAAGUCAGCGUCAAAUAGUUGGUGACACCCAAAGUGGCCAAAUAGUUCACACGUCUUUGUUACUUUAGAACAGUCUUUCCCAAAGUGGGCGAUAACGCCCCCUUGUGGGCGCUGCAGGCUUAAAGGGGGGCGGUAAGAGACCCAGAAAAAAAAGCGGGACGUUGUGUAGAGGCUUGGGAAGCGUCAUCUACUAGGAGGACUCUCAGACACCGACUGAGCUCGACUCUUGACUACAAAAAUGGGGGGCGCUAAAAAUAAUUUAUUCUCAAAGUGGGCAGUAGACUAAAUAAUUUUGGGAACCGCUGCUUUAGAAUAAGGUGGUGUUGUUAAUUUUUUGGCCACUUUGGGCGUCGCGAACUAUUUGAUGCUGACUGUACGUGAACCUCAACUCACAUAAAUGUAGCAAUGUAAAUAUACCUUUCACAUUAAUAGUAGUUAUCUUUUAUUUACAAAAAUACAUUGUCAUAUUUAAUUAGAAGCAUUUCCACAUUUGACCAUUACCACUACAUGAGUUAAACAAUUUCAGAGAAGAUAUAUUUUUAUUUCAUUUCUUAUUUACACCAUACAUUUAUCAUAACUAUAUUAUUAAGUCGUUAUUUUUUGUAUUUAACAUUUUAUUAUCUGUUAAGCAUCGCGACAUUCCUGUCAAAAUAAUCAAUAUCGGAAUGAAAAUCGAUUGAUAAUACUAUGACACAUAUUUAUCACCAAACAGAACUUUUUUGUGCUACACAAGAUCUCCCAGUCACAAGUGACCGUCCGAAAUAUUGUAAAUAUUUAAAAAAUAUCGAAAAAAUACCUCAAAAGGGGGGCUAACUGCAAUAUUUUUCAAGUUAUUCACUUUCAAGUUAAAUGAAAAUAAAGGUAUUUAUAAAGUUUGUUAAACCAAACCAAGAAAAAUUUGAAUGACCAAUCAUCAUGGGCGUACCCAUGGGACAUGACUGGAAGUCGGCCACCCUCGGCCAGAAUAAAAAAAAAUGUUUAUUCGGUAUACAGUGUGAGUCACGUUAAAGUGUACAUAUGAAAAUAGAUGAAACUAGACCUAUUUUUAUCGACAAAAAAGAGGUCAAAAAAUUUUCAAAAAGUAUGAUUUUUUAUUAUUUGUUGGCCUUUUUUGUGUAUUUUAUGUAUUUUUUUAGUAUCGCCUGUUAUUUAACAUUAUUAUUGUUUUUAUUUUAUCAGGAUAUACCGCUUAGUUUAUACGUUUUCUUUACAAUAAGUAAUAGGAAGAAAAAAAAAUCUAUAAUUUUUAAAAAAAAAUCUCAAUAAAUUUUUGACCUCUUUUUUGUCGAUAAAAAUAGGUCUAGUUUAAUCUAUUUUCAUAUGUACACUUUAACGUGACUCACACUGUAUAGCUUGCCCUACCACCACUUCAGGACAACAUAUGGGCUGGUGCUGAGAAGAAGUGGCGGAAGAAACCAUGCCCGUUUUCAGCAUCAAUCCCUAAUGUUUAAGUGCCCCUAUGUAAACAAAAUUCCUGUACGUGUUACCAUAGGGGUCACUUAAAAAUUAGGGAUUGAUGGUGAAAACGGGCAUCAGUCACCUCUGUCAGCACAGAAACUAGGUGACUUGGUGACUUGCCUCCUCCUAGGCCAGAAGCUGAGUACGCCCAUGCCAAUCUUAUGUGGUCUGGUUAACAUCUAAUGACACUUUAAGAUAAUUUUCCAUGAAUAUUUAGAAUGCUUCGGCCGGUCACUUGAGCCUGGGCGACAUUUCUUUUCAUUCCGAAUAUGAUCUUGAGAAAUACCUUUCUCUGCGCUUUAUAUGUUAGAUUUAGGUUUUAUAAAAUACAUACACACAAACAUUUCACGUUUACAUAAAUAGCUUUGGUUUUCUACGAUGCACAGCACAAAUAUUAAUAUUAAGAUACGUUCUCACUUACAGCAUUCGUUGAACAGACAUCCACCAGAUGGCUUAGAAAGUUCCCGCUAGGGGCGCUGUACAAUCCGUCAUUAAUGUCACUUUUUUACGCAGUUGACAUCGAAUGGUUUGGCGUAAACUCACACUACGCCACCAGCUUGCACUAAGCGUUUCGAUAACUCUUUCAUAAUGCGAAUUCGCUGGGUGCGAAGUACUAGGUGGGGGUAACAUAAUCUAUCGCAGCGCUCAUGGUGGUCAAAAGUAGAAAUAAUGUAAGCUCUGUCAUCAGAUGUAUCUGUCAAUGGCAAAGCGAUUUUACUUAAUACAUUUUAAUAUCAUUAAUUAAUCGCAUGAAAAGGGUCCUACUGGGAACUUAAAUAAAAGAGUGGACUGUAUUUCGAUAGGGCUGGUUUAAUAGCCGUUUACAAUUUGGAAAUAACUAGACUAUACAACGUGGUAGUACAAAAAUGAGUCACAGUAGUUGUUGUGCACAGAUGUUUGCCUUAUGAUGAGAGCGUGAAUUAUUGAACUCUGCCCUUAUUUUGUUCUAUAUUCUUCUACAUCUCGGACUUGUCCAGCCAAUACCAACAACUUUCCUUUAAAUACGGUUUGUGGUUGGAAUUUGAUAUUGUAACACUCACAAACCCGGUCUUCAAAACAAUACUCAUUUCGAUCUGAAAACGAUAUUUAAUUUAUUAGCGAUACAGGAACAUUUAAAUAUAUUUACUGUUUACUGUCGUCGGCCGUUUGGUGUAGUGGUUCAAAACGGACUACUAUUCCGGAGGUUGCGGGUUCGAUUCCCGCACAGUACAAACAUUUGUGUGCAUGAACAUAUUUGUUUGUAUUGGACUGGGUGUUUUCUAUGUAUAAUAAGUAUGUAUUUACAAAAAAAAAAAAGUAUUUAAGUAUGUUUAUAUCCGUUGUCUAGUACCCAUAGUACAAGCUUUGCUUAGUUUGGGACUAGAAGCGCAGUGUAAAAUGUCCAAAAGGAUAUUUAUAUUUGUUAUAUAAUGAAACCGUCAAAGUAGCUUUUUCUUUUCGUUUUACUGUAAAACUACAACUAUAAAUGAAGUAAACAAACCCUGACACAAUCAAAAUUAAACACACUUUUUGGACUUACCUCAUUUGAUUUGAAUGACCAAAAUGAUUUCAAAACCUUUUUUCCACCCAAAUCGUGGUAUCACAACAAUUAUUAGUCGAAAAUAUUUGUUAUUUUUUCAUUUCGAUAUUUUUUCACAAUUACACGACCUAAAUGUCAAUGUGACAGAGCCCACAAAGUUGUGGACGCUAGUUGGCGCUGUAAUCGUGCACAGAGCCAAUAGCUAGGGACUGAAAUUCGCUGCCUGCUGCUGUCUUUCCCGAAUCCGGUUUACUGUAAUCCGGGCCUUUCUAAGGCGAGAGUGAAUUAGGCACUUACAGGGCAGAUAUGUACCACGCAUUUCACUUAACAUCAGGUGCGAUUGCGGUCAAAUUCCUGUAUAAAAAAAAAAUAUAUUUUUGUAAGCGAAAUCGCAAAAUCGCCGAACGUUCGUUAAUGUUCGCGAAUGCUGUAUGUGAGAACAAUUAUAGUGCUUAGGAACGAACGAUCCAAACUUAUGAAUAUCUCUUACUGCCAAUUUUCGUAAAAUAACUACUUAAGUAAUAGAUAAAUAGUUAUCCAUUCAUUUUCAAGUAUUUGUCAAAUAAUAAAUAAAUCUUUGGACAAAUAAAUAAAUAAAUCUUUGGACAAUUUGACACAGCGCCAGCUAGCCCCAAAGUAAGCAACUUAAUGCUUGUGUUAUGGGUGCUAGCUUAACGGAUAUACUACUUAUAUACUUCUUUUUUUUUUAGUUGUUUUUUUAAUUAGGCAGAGAGCAGAGCUACUUUUCUUUUUCAUGUUGACAUGUGACAUGUGACAUCUGACAUGGUGUUAUUAAAGUGAAAAUUUUAUUAUUUUAGAAGAUGAAAAUGUAUAAUAAUUUUAAAGGAAUCGACAAGCUGAUGAAUUAACUUUAAAUGUCGUUUUAUAAGACUUAUUAGUCUAUUCAUUCAUUAUCUAGGAUCGGCAAAAUGAAACAAUGUGUUGCUCUUGUAAAGUAGUGAUAUUUUCAACAAUAUUCUAUCAUCUAUUCACACAGAAAUUGUUUACGAAUCACAACAGAGAAACGACAUUUAAAGUUAAUUCAUCAGCUUGUCGAUUCCUUUAAAAUUAUUAUACAUUUUCAUCUUCUAAAAUAAUAAAAUUUUCACUUUAAUAACACCAUGUCAGAUGUCACAUGUCACAUGUCAACAUGAAAAAGAAAAGUAGCUCUGCUCUCUGCCUAAUUAAAAAAACAACUAAAGAGGAUUUAUUCUCUUAUAUAAAUACAUAAAUAUUAUACAUAGUCACACCCAGACCCGUCACAGAAAUUAAAAUUCAUCAUUUCAAUUUCUGCCCGGCCGGGAAUCGAACCCGGGACCUCUCGGCAUAGUAGUCCGUUCUGAACCACUACACCAAACGGCCGACUAAAUAAUUAACACAUUGUAACGAAAAGUUGUCAAAUAAUCGGUUAAAGUUCUGAAACUGAUCUCAAAACUGGAUUCAAACUCAAGUCUGUGAUUAAUAAAACAAGGCUUGAGUCUGUUUUUGAGUCUAGAUUCAUACUUGAGCAUCGUUUCAGAAUUAGAACCCUAGUGAGAGUUGAUAACGAAUUGCUGAAAACUAUUUAAUUUCUUAGCCUUAUCCAGUGUAUCACGUAAAAGUAAAUAACGUAUGCCUUAUUAACUUAUUAUUGUAUUUAUGUGUUCUAUGAUCGUGUCCAUAUACGAGCCUAUUUCAUUAGUUACAAUGAAGUAUAGCACUUUAUUUAUAUAUUUUAUACCUUUUCUUCUUCAAGACCUGAUUAUAGUUAAUACGAACAUAACUUCUGAUCUGCAUAUAAAGUCGAAACGACUGGGCCGAUUUUGAUAGGACUUAACUAGCUAGCGGUGUUCUUAAGCAAGCACAAACUUUAAUAUUGAAAAAUAACUAGGGUUCCGUGGAAAAAUACAAAUAAUCAUAAAAACAAUCGACAAAUAGUCACUGGAUAUUUAAUCAAAGCAAAUCUGUUUUAUUUUAGACGUAAAAGUCCACAAUUUUAAUAUGUAACUAAUGAAAUUGGCUCUUUGCAAACCUUCAAAUCCUAAACCCACGUGAAGUGUCUACCACGUCCCGAAAAUGAGUUGUAUUUUCGUAAUUUAGCUAUUCUUAGUAAGUUGUACAAAUUGUAUUUAUUUAAUUUAUUGUAAUAAAUAAAUUUUAAAUAUGA